UGUUACCUUUUGGGAUUGGCCUCUUGGCACCUGGGCGUGACUCGAGCUAAGGUAUAAGACAGGAGCGCCACUGUCUCCUGCUGCAGUGCUGAAGGUGGAGCCAUAGCUGUGAGAUAGACGUCACCUGCUUUGUUCCUGCAGUCGGACCCAACGAGCCUGAAGAAGAACAGGCACUCGUAUCCGCCGCGCUCCGGCACAAACUAAAAGGAUGAGGCUUCUUGGUCGACUCCGCUCCUCCACUCCUGAGCCUGCCUUUUCCAACGUGCUCACCCCGGGCCGCAUCCCAGAGUUCUGCAUCCCGCCGCGGCUGCCUGUGCCCGACGCUCCCGAAUCACCGCUCCCGGCCGCCGCACUUCCUUGGCGCUGCGCGGCCGAACCCGACCUAUGGCCCCGCACCCCUGACGGCCGUGAGGAUGGUGACGAAGACGGCGCGGGGCUCACCGACUGGGACCCGCGCUCUCAGGCUGCGCUCUCGCUGCCCCACCUGCCCCGUGCGCGCACCGUUUACGGCUUCUGUGCGCUGCUCGAGAGCCCGCACACGCGCCGGAAGGAGUCGCUCUUCCUCGGCCACCCCGGCACCCCUCGGCUGGGGUUUCGCCACCGUGCGCAUACCUGCGCGUGCCAGCGCCGAGCCUCAGAUUCUGAGCUCGCCGCCCCGCGCGAUCUGGACACAGCCCCACCAGCCGCUCCUGUGCCCCAUGUGCGCCGCCUCUUGCGCGCUCCCGAUGGUCUGUUGAGCCGUGCGCUGCGGGUCCCCCGCGGUCGGGCCACCGCGCGUCCCGGGUCCCGGGGCGACGAGCACGAGCGCGCCGCCUCCUGCGCGCCCCCAGCCCCCACCGGCCCGGAUCCCGAGCGCCUGCAGGCGGAGGCCAACGUGGCUCUGGGCCGCGGGGAUUGCACGCUGCGCCUGGCGGCCGAGUACUGUCCGCGCAGCGCCUGCCUCCGCCUCCGCCUGCUGCGCGCUGAGGGCCCGGCCGCCGUGCUGGAGCCCCGCGCCCUGGGCUGUCGCCUCAGCCUGGUGCUGCGGCCGUCCGGCCAGCAGCGCGCCAGUGUGGUCCGCCGCAGCCGCAAGGCCGCCCUGGACCAGGACUGCUGCUUCGACGGGCUCCCGGAGGAGCAACUGCGCCGCCUGGCCGUGCGCAUCAAGGCCGAGAGCAAGGGCCGCGGGCUGGAGCGCAGACGACCGCUGGGCCAGGGCGAGCUGCUGCUGGGCUCUCUGCUACUGCUCUGAGCGCAGCUUCCCUGGUGUCCUGGACACCUAAGGCCACUUGGCCAUGAGAUGCACAGAGACUCUUGGCCCUAGGACACUCAAGGCCUCUUGGACUCUGACAGUGACGUGGCCCUGGGUCACCCACAGCCUUUUGGCUCUGGUACACUUUCUCUUUUGUACAAAAUAAAAGUUAUUUAUUUUCCUAUUUA